AUGUUUUCAUUUUAGCCCCUUUAGUUACUUUAGUUUUGUGAAAUUCUUGUCUUUUUUCUUUUUGGAGGCUUCUGUCAUCUGUCUCGUUUUUAUCUCCCCCUCUAUUUUGGUCUGCUCAUCCUCUUGCCAGAAUGUCCCCCAAACCCUCUCCUCUCCUCCAUCCCCUCUCCUCCUGCUCCAGCGAGGUUAUCCUGUCCUCUCCUUUAGCUGGGUGAUGUUGACUCAGGGCUGGGGAAGUGGGUGUGGGGAAGGACUUUAACUGUGAGGCUCGUGUCUGUACCAGCACAGUGGUCAUUGAGGAACACACAUAGCCAGUGAACACAGCCUGACAGUGCUCAGUAAGCCAGGACUUUGAUCUCUCUCAGCCGCAGUGUAUCCUUCAGGUGCACCACUCUGCUCUCUCGCUGAUCUUAGCCUCUCAUCACUGCUCUCUGCUGCUCAAGGUCAUGGAUGAGCACCACGACUCCUCCUCAUACGACGACAACUACACAGACUCUGCCUGGUUCACCCAUGAGUGCCAUGUGGACCUGGACAACGCCUGGAGGCGCAUGGUGCUCUUCCUGCUCUACCUGCUGCUCUUCGUGGCUGGCCUGAUGCUCAACGCCCUGGUGGUGUGGGUCAACUGGCACCGGCGCAGUAGCCGCAACGGCGUGCUCUUCUGCAUACUCAACGUGGGCGUUUCGGACCUACUGAUGAUGAUGGUGGUGCCCUUCUUUAUGCUGGAGGUGAUGAUGGACAACGUGUGGGUGUGGGGAUACCUCCUGUGCCGCUUCACCAACCUCGUCUACAACAUCAACUUCUACAACAGCUCCUUCUUCCUGGCCUACAUGACGGUGGAGCGCUACCUGGCCGUGGUGCGCACCGGGCCCCGACCCUGGGGCCCCAAGCAGGCCAGGCUCAGGGGCCUUCUCUGUGUGUUCCUAUGGGUCCUGUCCGUGGUUCUGGGCCUGCUGGAGAACGCCCAUGUGACACUGUUGGAGUGGGAAGAGCCAGGCUGCUACAUCUACCCAGAGCAGAACUUUGUGGCCUGGUACACCGCCAACACCUUCCUCUACCUUAUCUGCCAGUUCCUGGGCCCGGCGGCCAUCAUCGUGACCUUUAACCUGCUGACCCUGCGGGCGGUGCGGGCCAGCCCAGAGGGGGCGGUGCGGGGGAAGGAGCUGUGGCUGGUUCAUCUGUAUUCCCUGGUGUUUGUGCUGUGCUGGCUGCCCUUCCACAUCGUCUUAAUGCUGCUGCUGGUGGAUGAGCUGAACCCAAGGGUGCUGAGUUGCCAGACGGUGGAGAAGAUCUACUUCUCCUAUGCCGUAGUCCAGGUCCUGUCACUGUUCCACUGUGUGGCCAACCCCAUCCUCUACAACUUCCUCAGUAGAAGUUUCCGCAGAAACCUCAUCGCCGACCUGGCUCGCCACCUGCCCAGAGACUCUGUCGCCAGGGGAAGGGACGAGAAUCACGGCAACAGUGGGGAUAAUGGAAGGGCGGCGGCCAAUGAGAAGGAAAAGGAUUUGAGCAACGCCAGCACCAGCCAAUCGGAUGUGGAGUCUUAAAGAGAGUGACCAUUGUUAAGGGGGAACAAAAACAUGGUGGAAUAUCCUUUUGCCAUGCUUGAUGUCUCCCGCAAUAAUGGAUGUUUUAUUGUCACAUUGUCUGGAGUGGCCUAGCCAGUCUCCAGAUCUCAACCCCAUAGAAAAUCUUUG